CACGACGCCGGUUAUAACUAUCCGCCAUCUUUCACAGAGUAUUCGAAUCGCGCGUCGACGUUUACGUUGACACACCAAGAGACAUUUCACCUAACGUUAGAGUCUUGUCAUUGAAAACUACUGUACCAAGAUACACACAGCAUCAAGAGUUCACGUCUAGCUAAAUACUAGACGUUGAGCAAGGACAUCAACAACAUCAGAGGGUAGAGUCUCUUUCCAGUUCUGAGUCCCGGGGUUAAGCAUGUGUUUGGCGAUAAGAAGUUGACACUACACAACAAGGCUUUUCCUACGCUGCAACAAUAUUAUUCUUGGGUCAACAGCUACAGUGUGGGGGCAACAUAGCAAUUGACUGUCAACAGUGAAAGCUACAGGUGUGAACAUUAACAUGUCAAAACCCGUGUCUGAACUUGACUUGGAAACCCUCACUUCCCCCAACAAAUCGAUUUUCCAUCUUAUCAACUGGAUGCAGGGACUAGAACUGUUGCAUUGGUCCAUGCAAUGUGAGCAUUGUCCGAAUGUGGACAUGGAGUUCAAGAAGAAGAGAGACAUCGCCGACAAAUUCGCCUGGCGGUGUCCUGUCCCUGCCUGCAGGUCCACAACCAGCAUCAGAGCCGGCAGUAUUUUUCAAGAGUUUCCAAAGGUAUCGUUGGCAAUCUGGAUGCGCUUUAUUCAGAAGUGGUGCGAAGACAAACUCAUCACAGAAAUCCAGAAUGAGCUGAGAGUGGUUGGCUUCGUCGGGAAGAAGACACUGUCUGCAAUGUGCAGGCUCAUGAGGCGUUUGUGUGAUUUCAAACUAAUAGAUGUACCAGUGGUCCCGAUGGGCGGGGCAAGUGCGAUUUUAGAAAUGGAUGAAUCCUGUUUUCGGAAAACUCCAAAAUAUGGCAGGGGACGCAGGCCUAAGCCCAUCUGGGUUUUCGGAAUUGUCCAGACAGACGUACGCCCGGCCAUCGGCUAUAUGACUGUAGUUGAGCGCAGGGAUCAGGCCACUCUCCUUCCUAUCAUAGAGAGGUGCGUGUUGCCUGGCUCAACCAUACAUAGCGAUCAAUGGGCUGCAUAUCGCAAUGUUCACCACCUACCAAACAUUGUUCAUCAUGGUACAGUAAACCACUCACAGAACUUUGUGGACCCCACCACAGGUGUACAUACUCAGCACAUUGAGGCAUAUUGGAGCAGAAAAAAAGCAAAACUGCGUCGGAUGAGGGGAUGCCUGCCCACGGAUUUGGAAUCGUACUUGAAGGAGUUUAUGUGGAGAGAAAGGUACUGUAGGACAUCCAAUGAGGGCCUUCAGAACAUGCUUAAGUAUAUCACAGAGAAGUAUUGCAUGUAAAACCAAGUCAGCUUACAUUUGUGUAGACUGUCAGUCUUGACAUGUUUAAGGGUAGAGUGUUUAGCAACAGUCUUAGGACUGUUCAAAUUCUUACAGCUCUUGUAUGAUCAAAAUGUAUUGUUGCUCAAUCAGUUUUUAUAACUAUCCAUUUAUGUAGAAUUCUGGGCAGUUGUUGUUUUUGGGGUAUUUUCCACGAUACUUCUCUGUAAUGUACCUAAGCAUAUUCUGAAAGCUCCAAUUAGAUGGCCUGGUGUGUUUCUGAUUUUGCCGCAUUACCUUUAGUAUCUUAUACUCCAUUAAAUUGAAUAAUAAGAAGUUUGAACAAAAACACAUGGAUUGUAUUUUUUUUGUUUUUGUUUUCAAGUUGGACCGACAGUUGUUUUUUUUUGUGGUCAGUUGUAUUUUUUGUGAUAUAAGCUCCUUGGUAAUAGUAAUAAUGAUACUCGAAGACUACUGUACGGGGACCACUUGCGAUAAAUCUUGUACCGUAACAAGUGGAAGUUGGACUGAAUUUUUUGUUUGUUUGUUGGAAACAGCUAUAUUUUUGUAACAGAAAUAAUGGUAAUCCCAGACUCCUGUACAUGGACCUCAUGCUGUAAAUUUAGUAAUGUAACAAGUGGAAGUUGGACUGAAAGUUGUUUUUUGUCUGUUGAAAACAGUUGUAUUUUGUGUAAUAGCAUAGUUCUCAUUUUUGUGGACCACUUUCUGUAACUAAGUAAUGUAGCAACUGGAAAACGUUUGUAUUUUGUGUACUACAAAAACAUGUAGUUUGGUACUCCCCAGUCCUUUGUAGGGACCAUUUGCUGUAACUUUAGUAACAUAACAAGUGGAAAUUUGCCUUGAAUGUCUGAUAAUAUCCAAUAAUAAAUCACAUAAGACACAUUUGAA